UUUUUUUGUAAAUUUAGACAAUUUAUUUUAGAUGAUUUGUUGGAAACAUGUAUGCGUCUUUGUAAAAGAUUUGCUGCUAGAGGACUUGAAAUGCGUUGCACAAAAUUUAUUAAAGAGCGUGUAGAAAGUAAACCUCCAUUAAUGGCUCUUUGUUGGCUAAAUUGGUCUUUCAAGCAUCACUUUCAUCGUUCAGUACAAGAAGCUUGUCUUCCUGUUGUUGCACGUUUAUCUCUUUUAGAAUUAGAGAAACAUCGACAAAUGCUUCCAGAAGCUGUUUUUGCUGAUUUAUUAGCUAUGAAAUUACGAACUGCAUACCAACAAGUUUUUAACAAAAAAUUUGGUAAAAGUUAA